AUGAUGCACCUACCUUUCUUGUGCUUUUUCUUUGCACUCAUACCACUAUGCAUUCGUGCCGAAAAUAUCCUUGGUUUCAACUCAGGCGCUAGACUCGCAGAAACCAAUCUAGUCAAGACAGAACAGGAUUACCUUGACGAGUUCGAGCUUGCUCCUCGUCUUGAUGGCACGAACGGAAUUUUCAACAGCGUCAGAUUAUUCACGAUGUUGAGGGAGUACGACUCACCCAACCCAUACGGAAGAAUCGAGCUCAACCCGGCAAUCAAGGCGGCCAUUGACACAAACACCACCAUCCUGCUCGGUAUCUGGUGCUCGGGCACCGCCAAUAUUCAGGAACAGCUAAACGCCUUGAAGCUUGCUGACGAACAGUUUGGGUCCAGCCUAAAGGACUUAGUGGUCGGCAUCUCGGUCGGUAACGAGGACAUAAUGCGUUAUGAGGAACGUAAGAAGAACCCCGAGAGCGAUGUGGGAAAACCCAUGGAGGCGAUCAUCAAAUACGUCGAAGACGUUCGGCGGACGAUCAAAGGCACGAGCCUGGAAAGCAAGCCAGUUGGUCAUGCUGAACCAUGGAAAAUCUUCACAGAGCAGAGAUUCAAAAACCUCACUCAGACCAUUGACUUUUGGGGGGCAAAUAUCUACCCAUUUUACCAAAACGAUGGAAAUGACGCCAACAUGGCUCAGAAGUUCGGCGAGGCCUUCUUCUUGCUGAAAGCCACCGCGAAUGAAUACGGAAAGCCUGUCUGGAUUACCGAAACGGGCUGGCCAGUCGCUGGAUCUAAAUCUGGGAAUGGCCCUGCGACUGCCGGUAUCGAGAACGCUGCACGAUACUGGCAGGAAGUAGGAUGUCAGCUGUUUAACGGAACAUUCGAGGACACCAAUGUCUGGUGGUACAACCUACGAGAUUCGAACUCGGGCAUCAAGAACAGAUUUGCGGUAGCCGGGGAUCUCCAGACACCGGUUUUCCCACUGGCUUGCGACAAUGCAAAGAGUCAAGAUACUCUGCCAUCACAAAGUACGCUUUGUGGAAGCCCGUCAGUCGCAACAUCCGUUGCCGAGCGGGAUGUGGCCUCAGUUACUACCACUCGACCUCCUAGCACCACUGAUGAGUGUCCCGAGUCUGCAACCUGCACGGUCACGAUCACCGUUCCAGGAACUACAGUUAUACACACUCAAGCAGUGACCAAAACCUGA